CGUACGUACUAUGGUACUAUGUAAAUACUAGUUUAUGCUUAAUCCUUGAUUCCCCGGUAAUGCUAAGUCUUUAACCGAACAAAACCGGGGUUAGCGGCGUGGAGGGACGGCCUACGGGCGCCUAUGGGGAACGCUACUGCCCCGCAAUUUGCCCAUUCCCUACCUCCUGCCCUACCCGCCCUCUCAGGGUAGGUAGUGGUUGCCCUCUACCUAACCUAGUGCCUACCUACCUGUUACCUAUCUCUUAUCUACCCGGGGUAGUACCUAAUAGGUAAGGUAACCUUAGGUUAGGUAGGUUAAGAGGUACUCUUGUACCGACUCUUAUAAGUCUGGAUACCCUUCCUCAACCAAAUAUCAUCGUGAACUUUGAAGAUCGUCAUCUUCCCCAGUUUUGUUUCUUGUUCGUUUUAUUGAUACCAGCUAUACCUAUAACGAAUAGGUAUCUCGUGUGAAUUCACUCUACAGUCCCGUCCGGUCUGGUUCAGAUACUCGGGCGGAGUUGUUACACUUUUUUUUUUCUUUUUUUUCUCUUCGUUUUCCGCAUUUACCCUUUUUACUACUAAUAUGUCCGGACCGACGUCAAGGUUGAGGAACCUUCUAGGCCAUCUGGGACCGGCUACCUCCAAGUCGCCCGUUGGCGUUGACCAUACCUACCACAUCCACCAGCUGUCCCCAACAUUCUUCUUGCCGAGGGCCGCUGCUAUCGAACCCGACGCUCCCGCCAUAUAUCACGUCACCGCGAACAACAAAGUCUUGAGGAGGCCGUACAGCGAAUUCGCGGAUCGUGCUAGGGGGUUGGCGUAUUACCUCCUGAAACACAACUAUAAGAGGGUUGGCGUACUAGCGACUAAUACGCCUGCUUUCCUGGAAUCGAUAUUCGGGAUUGUGGCCGCUGGCGGGGUUAUCGUCCCUGUGAAUUAUCGAUUAAAACCCGGUGAUAUCACGUAUAUUUUUGACUUCGCUCAAGUGGAUUCCAUUAUCGUGGAUAAUGAAUAUCUACCGUUAUUAGACGACUUUAAAAAGACCCAUCCCAAAGUGAAAUUCAUCGUUGACCUAGAUACCGAUGCGACGGAGGGCGAGCUCUGCGGGCCAUUUGACGAAGCCGUGCUGGAAGGGUUGAAAUAUGACCAGGCACGGGGUAGUAAAGGAUGGUCCGGUUUGGAUGUUCAGGACGUCCACGAAGAUGACAUGAUUGCCAUCCCCUUUACAUCCGGGACGACCUCAAAACCCAAAGGAUGCGUCUACACCCACCGAGGCGCGUACCUUGCAGCACUAGCCAACGUAAUCGAAUCCGGGUUGAGCCCUGAUAAAGGGAGGUGUAAAUAUUUAUGGACACUACCGAUGUUCCAUGCUGUGGGCUGGACGUUUCCGUGGGCGGUUACCGCGGCUCGAGGCACGCACUACUGCCUGAGGAGAAUCGACUACCCGUUAAUCUGGACACUCCUGAAGGAAGAAGGCAUCACCAACUUUAGCGCGGCGCCGACGGUAAAUAUCCAGCUUUGCAACUCGAAAGAAGCAGAGAAGUUGCCGCAGCCCGUAAAGGUCACCGUGGCCGCAAGUCCACCAACGCCGCAUCUUUUCAAGCAAAUGACCGAAUUAAACCUACACCCCCUCCACGUAUACGGCAUGACGGAGACAUACGGGCCCAUCACGAAGGGAUACCACCUGCCGCAGUGGGACGCGCUGCCGGAAACCGAAAGAUACGUGCAGAUGGCGCGGCAGGGCCACGGCUUCAUCACCAGCCUGCCUAUCCGCAUCGUCAAGACGGAGCAGCCGGAGGGCGUCCUGAUCGACGUGGCCAGGGACGGCAAGGAGAUCGGCGAGAUCGUCUUCUUCGGCAACAUCUGCUGCAAGGGGUACUACAAGGACGCCGAGGCCACGAAGAAGCUCUUCGCCGGCGGCGCCCUGCAUUCCGGCGACCUCGCCGUGUGGCACCCCGACGGCAGCGCGCAGAUCCAGGACCGGGCUAAGGAUAUCAUUAUCAGCGGCGGGGAAAACAUCUCCUCGGUAGCGCUCGAGGCCAUGUUAGCCCAGCACCCGGACGUGCUGGAGGCGGGGGUCGUCGCGGUGCCGGACUCGCACUGGGGCGAGCGGCCGAAGGCGUACGUGACGGUGCAGGCGGGGAGGACGCUCGCGCCGCAGGACGUGAUCGACUGGGCGCGUGACCAGAGCGCCAUCAGCAAGUUCAUGGUGCCGCGGGAGGUCGAGGUUGUCGAGGAGCUGCCCAAGACGAGCACCGGCAAGAUCCAGAAGACCGUGCUCAGACAGUGGGCCAAGACGGGGGGGAGGAGGUGAAUGAUGGGAUACGAGACGUCGGCGUUUUCCGAGGAGAACAAAAGGAUUUUGAUAGUUAGCUCAUGGAGGGGGAAAGGGUUCUGAAGUCGACCGCGAGGCAAGGGAGCAUGGGGGCUAUUCGGAAGUCUGUGCAUCGUA